GAGGCGCCGGGGCAGCGCCGACAUGGAGCCGCCGCCGCCGCUGGAGCAGCCGCCGCCGCCGCACCGGCCCCGCUCGCACACGGUCACCACCACGAGCAGCUCCUUCACCGCCAACCUGUCGGGCAGCUCCAGCACUCUCGCCUACGACAGGGAUUUCCUGCGCACCCUGCCCGGGCUCCUCAUGGUGGCCGAGACCGUUUUAGGGUUGCUGGUAUGGACCCUGAUUGCUGGAACAGAAUACUUUCUAUAUCCAGCCUUCGGCUGGGUGAUGUUUGUAGCUGUCUUUUACUGGGUUCUCACCGUCUUCUUUCUGAUCAUCUACAUGACAAUGACCUACACCAGGAUCCCCCAGGUGCCAUGGACCACGGUGGGUCUGUGUUUUAACGGAAGUGCCUUCAUUUUGUACCUCAUUGCUGCCAUUGUAGAUGCAUCUUCAGUUACCAAAGAACUGGAUAGUCACAAUUACAACAGCUGGGCAGCUUCUUCAUUCUUUGCCUUCGUGGUUACCUCCUGCUAUGCUGGGAACACCUAUUUUAGCUUUAUAUCUUGGCGAUCACGAACUUUGCAGUAAAUAUUUUGAUAACAUGAGUUUUGUAGAAUAAAAUAUCUUGAGGAUUAUACUUGUGACAGAAAUCUGGAAGAGGGGAGAAGUCUUUUGGACGUUUCUGUUACAACUGACAUAAUGUAUUUUAAGCUUAGAUUAAAAGGAGUAUUUAUAAUACAAUAUUAUCUUUAGUGACAGCUAACAAGUCUUUGUACUGUAUCAUAAAAUUUCAUACUGUUUCUUUCAAAAUUAAUGGUAUUUUUCUAGACAUUGUAUAGAAAUUAUGACUAAACCUUUAAUAAACCUUAGUUGCAUGAUGUGCCAAUUUUGUAAGUGCAACUUUUUAAGUGUUACAGGUAUAUUUUUUGAUAUUGAAUGCUACAAAUCAACACUAAGAUUGAUAUUGUCUAGUUAUUAUGUAUAAAAAGUGGCAUUGUGUGAAAAAAUCCCCAAAGUUUCAAAAUAAAUAAAUAAUUGACCCAGCUUUGCAUGUUUAGUAAACAGGGAGUAUAGUCUUUAAUUCUUCAAAGUAAAAUACGAAAUACUAAGAAUUCUGAUGAUCCUCUCAGUUUACAUAUCCUAAUAGCCUCUUAUAAUCAUUUUUCUACUGUUGCAGGAGACAUCUGCAUGAGAUUGUUUUUGGAACUUCUUAAUGUAGCUUUGAAGCUCACUGAAAGACUGUUGCCUCUGAAACACAUUAUCUUAACAGGGUUUUCAAAUUCAGCAAGCUCCAAGGCAUAAGUCUAGACUCCCGUCCUUUAAUGCUCAGUGUUUAACCUACUGAAAAUAUCACAAAGCACCUACUAAAGGUCAUAAACAAGACAACAUUUGUGGACAGAGGUAUAGCUAAGAGGGAGUAAUGUUUCAUGCAGUUUACCAAAAACUCUCUUGGAAACUGGGUACAACAAAACAGCCAUGUUGGAAGAAACCCAUAACUGAAGGACAGAAACACACUUUUACCAUCUAGAGAAUGCUUCUGGCAAGGUGAUCUGAACAUCUAGUUAAAAAUGGAGCAAUUAGUGCAAGCUGAAAAUUACUUUUGAAGUUUGCUGCUUCUGUUUCAAGCCUGAAGAAAGGCAUAAGCACCCAGAAGGUUAUCUGCUUCUUCCGAUUGAGUUAGUUUAAUAAAAAUGCUGACUUGUGCUUA